GUCAUUACGUCGUAGGCGUAUUUUAGUCUUUCCACAUUUAUUCCCCAUUCCUAUAUCCCUCAUUCUUAUAUUUCUAUAUUCUUAUAUUCCUCAUUCCUAUAUUCCUAUAUUCCCAUAUUCUGUUUAUAUUCUAUUCAUUUUCUCUGUUCUGUUCUUCCUUCGUUUGUUCGUUUUCCCUCACAUUUUUCAACUCCACCCUUUUCCCCGCCGGGGGUCAUUCCCGUCCACUCAACCUUGUCCGUCUGCCAUACCAGGAACUAGUCAAUUCCCGUCCCUUAUGGGUCUUGCAUCUCGAUCUUUUGAUCUUUAAUCUUUUAUCUUUAAUCUUUGAUCUUUUAUCUUUGAUCUUUGACACAACUCAUCUUCACUCGAUGAUCAUCCGGGCCCCGUUAUGCUUCCAGUGGAUCAGAUGCUCCACCUCCGUAUUGACUGCCCGGUUAACAAUGUCACGAUGAUCACUCCUCCGGAUGAGGAUGAGAACAAACUUGAAGAUACGUCGUUGAGCGACAUCUACCGGUUAACUCCGAAACCCACGCUCGUCCUCGAUCACUCACUGCGCAUUGUCCAAGUCUCCAACAGCCAUGUGGCCGCCUUCAGGUGGUCACGAGAUGAACUACUGACCACCAGUGUCUACGACCUCCCUCCGUCCAUUGUUCCUUCCCCGAACGUCGCCUCCCUCAGUGGUGCCAUCAGCACUGCCCUAUCCACCCGGGAGGUGCAGGUGAUCGAGAGUGUCCAGGUGGACGGCGCCUAUUACUCGCUGAGCGUGAUGCCCAUCUUUCGGAAUGACGCCCUCCUCUAUGUCCUGCUGGAAGCCCAGAGGACGAAACGCGAACCGAUCAAUUUGAUGAGCGAACAGACCUACCUAAACGAAACCUACAAGAUCCUGGUUGACACGGUGAAGGAGUAUGCCAUUUUUAUGCUGGACACACGGGGCCACAUUGCGACCUGGAACUCAGGCGCUGCGAUCCUCAAGGGAUACUCGUCCACGGAGAUUAUCGGUCGGCAUUUCUCCGUUUUCUACGGUCGCGACGAUCGCGAGAUCGACAAACCCGCCCGCGAGCUGGAGGUCUGUAUCCAAGAAGGAAAGGUCGAGGAUGAAGGCUGGCGCUACCGCAAGGAUGGCACCCGAUUCUGGGCCAAUGUGAUGAUCACCCCCAUCUAUCAAAAUGGCAGCCAUAUAGGCUUCGUCAAGGUGACUCGCGAUCUGACCGAGCGCCGGGCAGCCGAGUCGCGCUUGAUUGACGCCUUUGAAGAAUCCGCGAGACUUAAGUCCGACUUUCUGGCGAACAUGUCGCACGAACUGCGAACGCCCAUGAAUGGCAUGUUUUUGGCCCUAACCAUGCUGAUAAGGACCGAGUUGAAUGACGAGCAGCGGGAAUAUGCAUCCAUCCUGGAAGAUUCCACCUCUAUUCUGCUCCAGGUCAUCAAUGACGUGCUGGACUACUCCAAAUUGUCAUCGGGAUCUUUCCCCUUGAAUGCUGAUGUACUGGAUGUCCCAACCGUGAUCAAUGCAGUCGUGCGUAAUUGCCGACCGACCCUAAAGCCCGGAGUGAAGCUUCAGACGACCAUUGAACCAGACUUCCCUUUGAACGUCAAAGGCGACCCGCUCCGAUUUCGCCAAGUUCUACAGAAUCUGGUCAGCAACGCAGUCAAAUUUACCGAAAAUGGCCACGUACAGAUCAACGCCACAUAUGCCGUCGACGACAAAGACCCCAAUCUGUAUGUGGUUUCCACUGAAGUGGUGGACUCUGGCAUCGGUGUCCCCGAGUCUGCCGUGGGCACCCUCUUCACCCCAUUUACGCGGUUCGCAGACACGGCCACCAAAAGAUACCAAGGCACCGGUCUUGGACUCUCGAUUUGCAAGAGUUUGGCUGAAUUGAUGGAUGGAGCCGUUGGGUUCCAUGCCAAUCCAGAUGGACCCGGCAGUGUCUUCUGGAUGACAGCCAGAAUGGCUCGUGUGGAUCUUCCAGUCGCGCACGCAAAGAAGAAGCUCGCUCCCGCGAUACCGGUGGCCCUUGACCACUCCGCCGCGCUACAAGAAGUCGCGCCGUAUAAUCACAUCCUCUUAGUUGAGGAUAACAAGGUCAAUCAAACUAUCAUGCUGAAACUUCUCGGUAGCCUCGGGUUUGAGCGCGUCGAUGCGGCUUGGGAUGGCGCAGAAGCGGUGCGCCUGGUUAAACAAAAGCCUUUGAGCUACAAUGUGAUCCUGAUGGAUAUUAACAUGCCUGUCAUGGAUGGCUUGACGGCCACAGAGCUCAUUCGGCAGAUGAAGGUCGACGUCCCUAUCAUCGCUCUCACGGGCAAUGCCUUGAAGGGAGAUGCCGAAACAUAUCUGGCUAGGGGAAUGACCGACUACAUUGCCAAGCCACUGCACAGACAGCAGUUGGUGGAUUUAUUGUGGAAAUGGUGCGGGCCCUGAACGUUACCCUACCAAAGGGGAUUCCACCCCUGAACAUCACACCAAUUCGUUCUGUCGCCUCUCGGUAGCAAUUUGGACGCAGCAGUUGAAACACACUUUUUGCGGCGCCCUGAAAGCGACAGACUUAGAGCAACGACUGAGCAAUGGG